GAAGCGCGAGCCUAAUAAGAUAGGUCUCAAAAUCGAAUGAAUAAGCAUGCAUACCAUUUUGGGUGCAGUAUUCUUAAUCUUAAAGAAGGAACAAUAUUUGUCGAGCAUGAGAGCCCUCCAUCCUUAUCUACCCUUAUUAUUAUAAUCACAAUUUAACACAAUAAAAUGGAGCACCAACUCUUCUCCAUACUAAUCUGGCUUACCAUAAUCCUCCUGAAUCUACCCCCAAUUUCAUGCUUUUCAAACGAUUCAUACACUAGAUGCGGAGCUCCCUUCAACUGCGGAAAACUCACCGGAAUCGGCUUCCCAUUCUGGGGCCGCGAUCGCCCGGCGGAAUGCGGCUACGCCGCCCUCAAACUCGACUGCGAGAACGGCACCGCCGCCACGAUCCAGAUCAACGACGUCAAGUACCGCGUUCUGGAGUUAAAUCAGGGGGAAAAAAUCCUCAAAAUCGCAAGAGACGACCUCCUGCAGAGCCUCUGCCAGCCGCAGCUCGCGAACACGACUCUGGAUCCUCGGAUUUUCGCGUAUGCCUCCAGCUACGUGAAUCUGACGUUUCUCUACGGCUGUCCCCCCGUCCAUUUCCCGGUGCCCUACCCGUUCGAGUGCGCCGUGAAGGGGAUAAAGGAGAGAAGCGGUUACGUAGAGUUCGGAUCGCAGGUGUCGGGGACGUGCCACGCCAGCGUCGUCGUUCCGGUCAGCUAUGCAUCGUUAUUCAAUUUUAAGGAUUUGACGGCGCUGAUCGCUGAGGGAUUCGAGGUGCGCUUUGCGGUGGACAGCGGCGGCUGCACCGACUGCCAGAGGUCCGGUGGGAGGUGCGGAUAUAAUGAUGCAGGGAAGAAGUUUGUUUGCUUUUGCUCCGAUGGUUCGGCGGCGGAGUCGAAAACCUGCAGUGGUGGCUCGGCGGCUGCUCCUGGAGAGCCGGUCGGAAAUCAGGGUCCUAAGGCUGCGACGGUGGCGCCGGCUGUAUCAGAAUUUUAUCAGACCUGCGGCAACACAUUCAGCUGCGGAGACACGAUCACCGGAAUUGGAUACCCUUUCCGGCAACAAACAGAUCCUACCUACUGCGGCCACCCAAAUCUAGUACUCAGCUGCGACGGCCGAAACAAUGCCACCACCAUCGACAUAAUGAGCACGACGUACCGGGUGCUGAAAAUCGACCAAGCCACAGAGAGCAUGAGGAUUGUUAGAGAGGAUCUCAUGGAAGGGCCCUGCCCCAAGGAAAUGGUGAACACCACUCUCGACUACUCCAUCUUCGACUACGCAGCUUCCUACACCAACUUCACGUUCCUGUAUGGCUGCCCUGCCUCAAAUCUUCCCGGGUUGAGCCUCGUCUCUUGUGGGAGCUCCGGGUACAGCAGCGUCUACGUGUUUCCCGGAACUCAGGGGCCUGGGAACUGUAAUGCCAGUGUGAUAGUUCCGGUGAUUUUAGGCGGAGGAUCGGUGAACACCACAAGUUUGAAUCAAGUUCUGCAGCAGGGCUUUGAGGUGAGGUGGAAGAUUGGCGGCAAAUCUUGCAGUGAUUGCACGGAGUCUAAGGGUCGUUGUGGGUACGAUGUUGUGACUAACCAGACGAGUUGCUUUUGCUCUGAUGCGCCAUACGUUUCUGAUACCUGCACAACGGCACCAGCGAAUGGUGGUAACUCAGAUUCGGCGAGGAAUAUCGGCCUUUUCAUAGGUGGUGCAGUUCUUGCUGGUGUUGGCUUGGGAUGGUUGUUUUUCUAUUAUAGGCAGAAGAGGAAACAGCGCCUUCAGCUCCUUGCUGCUGAAUCUACUCAAACCGCGAACAAGGAAGCCUCCACGCCUCUUUCGAGCAAACACCCCUCUACGCCUCCUUCAACGACUAAGUUCACAAAAAGCAUCCCUUCAUAUCCCUCUUCCAACUCUGACUUUGGUAGGGACAGCUCAUACUUUGGGGUGCAGGUAUUCAGUUACUCGGAACUUGAAGAAGCUACCAAUAACUUUGAUUCUUCUAGAGAGCUCGGUGAUGGUGGCUUUGGUACUGUGUAUUAUGGGGUCCUCUCUGAUGGCCGUGUUGUUGCUGUGAAACGGUUGUACGAGAACAAUUUCAAGCGCGUGGAGCAGUUCAUGAAUGAGGUUGAGAUCCUAACUCAGGUUAGACAUGUAAACCUUGUGGCCCUGUUUGGGUGCACUUCCAAGCGAAGUCGAGAGCUGUUGCUUGUUUAUGAAUACAUACCAAAUGGAACAGUUGCGGAUCACCUCCAUGGGAAACGUGCUGCAUCUGGCUUGCUAUCUUGGCCUGUCCGGCUGAAUAUCGCCAUUGAAUCUGCUGAGGCGCUUGCAUAUCUCCAUAAACGGGAUAUCAUUCAUCGAGAUGUCAAAACCAACAACAUACUUCUAGACAACGAUUUCCAUGUAAAAGUUGCUGAUUUCGGGCUGUCCAGAUUAUUCCCAGUCGAUGCUACUCAUGUCUCGACUGCUCCACAAGGGACUCCCGGCUAUGUUGAUCCGGAGUACUACCAGUGCUACCAGCUCACAGAAAAGAGCGACGUGUACAGCUUUGGAGUGGUGUUGAUCGAGCUCAUAUCGUCCCUGCAAGCUGUGGACACCAACAGGCACCGCCACGACAUCAACUUGGCUAACAUGGCCGUCAACAAGAUCCAAAACCAUACGUUGCACGAGCUGGUUGAUUCUAGCCUUGGCUUUGAGACGAACACCACUGUGAGACGGAUGGCUACGUUAGUCGCAGAAUUGGCUUUCCGAUGCCUGCAGCAGGAGAAGGAUAUGAGGCCCUCCAUGGAAGAAGUGUUGGAGGGUUUGAGAGGCAUCAAGAAUGAAGAUUUGAAUGCUCACAAGGUGGAAAUUGUUGACAUUUUGGUGGAUGAUGAGACUGGGCCGCUCAAGAGCAGCAUUGCGCCGCCGUCGCCGGACUCCGUUGCGGCGAACAGCUCAACGCCCAAUUCUAGUGCGUGAGCUCACUCACCUUAAUCUUUUCAUUGUUUUCUUAAAUGGAUCAUACUGAUACGGCGCAUUAUACAUAUAUUUGUUUCCUUUCAUGUUUGUCUGUCUGUUUAUGUAGAACGACAUGGUUUUGAUAACAAGCUUUAGAGGAAUGUAUAUAGUAAAUGGAGCUGUGUGAAUAGUUAAUAGUGUAUUUAGGCCUCAUUUACUUUUUUAGGAUUAGGCUAGAUAGACUGAAUAUGAAAUAAAUGUAAUCGGAUUAAAUUAAUAUGUCAAUUAGCCUGUACUCCAAUUUUAAUAGAUUUUUACUUUUAAUUUUUUUUAAUAUCAA